AGGAGUGGCUGCUGCUUCCUGCAGAAAUGGAAUCUCUUCUUGAUUCUCGUCCUAGUUUGCCAGAGCUCAUGUAUGAAGUGUCCUUUGAAUCUAAAUGGUACGACAUUGGUGUAAUGUUGGGUUUGGAAUCAGACAAGUUAGACGCAAUCCGUUAUUCUUCAGUCAGUGAAAGAAACAAAACUAGUGACAUGUACAAGCUGUGGCUGGAUUCUAAACCGCAAGCAACUAGGAGAGAGGUUAUAAAAGCACUGGAAGAUAUGGAGCUCAACAGACAGGCUACCAAAUACAAGAAGAGUCUCAGAAAGCAAAGCAUUAAAAACACUACCUUGAGACCAAGACCUACCCAACCAGUACCUACAAAAAGUUCUGUAAUGCUACAACCACAUAUAUAUAUAGUAGCAGUUAUAAUUAUAGCAUUUUCUUUAUUAAUAAUUGUACGUUCACCACCUCCUGAUACAUGUACACCAAUUAUACCAGGAGUGAUUGAACAGUAUGGGUCAGAAUUACGUGAGAAAUAUAUUGAGACUUUAACUAAAUAUAAGGACCCAAAAUAUAAUAAAUAUCCUACAGUAGGUCCAGUUUCUGUGCAUGUUCCAUUCAUACCCUUAAUAUCAAUUGUAGUUAAAAGUGUCACCAAAUCAACUGCUGAAUGGUUACUCAGUACAACUCCUAAUGAUAUCAUUCACAUUCAAAGUGAAUUUAAAAUUCAAAUUGAGGAUAUAUUAAAGCCAGUAUCACAUAAACAACUAAAGUUUGUACUAAUUGAAGGAGAGCCUGGAAUUGGAAAGAGUACAUUAGCUAAAGAGCUUGUGUUACGAUGGGCCAAUAGAUCUGAUGCAUUAAUGAACAAUUAUGACAUUGUUUUUCUUAUUCAGUUGCGCUUUGAAAUUUACCACAAAGCUACAAGUAUUGAAGAUCUUUUUGUCAAUUUGGAUGACCAAAUUAUUAAUAUGACAGACUUACAUGUAAAAAUUAAAAAAAGAAAAGGAGCAGGUAUCCUAUGGAUAUUAGAUGGCUUUGAUGAGCUUCCAAGUCAUUUAAAAAACAAUUCCAUUCUUAUGAAACUUAUAAAAGAGGACAUUCUUCCCAAGUCAACAGUUAUAGUUACCAGUAGGCCUGUUGCUUGUGAUCAUUUGCUUCCUUUUUUACAUGAACACAACUCAAAACGUAUCAGUGUCAGAGGCUUUGACUCUACUAAGAUAGAGGAAUAUGCUUUAAAAUACUUUAAUGACAAAGACAAAGCUUCAAUGUUUCAUUCCUAUUACAGUGGUAAUCUUGUGAUUGAGAGCAUGCUUUAUAAUCCACUGCACUGUUUUAUAGUAUGUACAAUAUUCAAUGACUUAAUAGUUGCUAAUAAUGAACAAUAUCCAACAACAAUGACAUUACUCUACAAUCACUACAUUCGUAUCUUACUCAAGAGGCACCUCAUUGAUGCAGGACUCAUAUCAAAUCAGGACUAUAAAAUGCCUCAGCGUUUGAUGCUUGAAACUGAUUUCAAUAGUCCUCUGCUACAUAGCAUUUGGAAAAACUUUUCUCUUCUUUCUAAAAUAGCCUAUGAUGGUGUGAUAAAGCAACAAUAUAUUUUUGGAAAGGAGCUUCACAGUGUCACUAAACUGAGUAUGAUGGAUACGAUUGUUAAUUUUCUUGUUUUUGAAAAAGAUGAGUCAAGUAGCUUUUUACACACUACACUUCAAGAAUACUUUGCUGCAAUUUAUCUUCUUAAUAACAAGCCAAAAAUUAAAAUUAAGAGUCAUGAAUUUGUAGAAUUACAUUCAAACCUUAGGGUUGUUUUUAUUUUUUAUGUUGGAAUCUGCAAAAUGACAGGCAGAAAACUGGAUUCUACAGUGUUGCAUAUUUUAAAGCAAAAUAUGACUCAACCUACUAUAAAUGAUGACAAAUAUGUAGAAAUUGGCAGUAUAAUGCUUGGAUGUCUCUAUGAAGAUGAUUCAUUAAUGCCUGUCAACCAUUCAUUAUACUCUGCAGACUCAUCCAGUACAAAUUUUAAUUAUUAUAUUUAUGGCCAUCUGAUUGCACUUCACAAUAUUACGUAUAUGAUUCAAUUCUACAAUUCAGAUCAAAUAAAAGCAUUCAACAAGGGACUUCGAUCUCAUUUUUCUUUUAGAGGAAAACUAUUACUUACAUUUAUAAUCAAAGACACUAAUGAGAGGCAAAAAGGAUUUAAAGAGCUACUACAUAUGCCUAGUCAUUUAGUAAUUGAAAUCUUGAUUUUUCCAUCAAAUGAUUCAGAGAUUUCUGAAUUUUGUCAAAUAAUUUCUAGAUUUCCACUACUGCAAGAGGUUGCAUUUUUUACUCCUGAUUUGCAAUGGUCUUGUAAUACAACUUCAGAAAACCCUUUUCUAAAACUCAAAAAGCUAAAUAAACUAAAUAUAUUAGCCAUUAACCCACAGGAAAAUGAUUUUGCAAGAAUUCAACAACUUAUUGCUCCUGGUAGGCCACUGAAACUAUUAAAAGUGGAAAGUUAUGGUCCUUAUAAUAAUAUUUUAAACAUAAUAAAAAUGCAGACAUCUCUGGAAGAAUUAACAAUUCAAGAUGGCGUUGAUGCACACAAGCAUGGAACUGAAACAUUCAUUUCAGUUCAGAGCCUGAGACCAUCAGCAUAUCAGCAUAUUAUAUGGACUAAAAGUACUAAUAAUCUAAUGGUUGACUACUUUGAAAAGUUUUUCUAUCACAUAAACAUAAGAAAACUACCAAAAAUACAACUAUCUUCAUUUACCUCAUUUACUUACUUCAAGACUAGCAAGAGCAAUCAUUAUCACAAGGGUAUGGACAUGUGGGAUAAUUGGAUUUGUGCGAAUGUCACUGUGCACUCGGAAUCAGCAACAUUUAAGCUAAACUACUUCAUUGAUGCUUUUAGUGAGUGCAUUAUUUUAUUAAAGAAGUUACCAGUAAAAAGAAUUAGCAAACCAAUAACAAAAAAAUUGAACAGUAGCUUCACAUGUACAUGUGGUGGCAUUGUCAAAAAAACAAGAUUCAGUAUAUGUAGAAUAAGCAAUUUUGAAGAUAAAUCAUGCCACAAUACAGAAUUUCAUUCAGCUAAGGAAUUUAUUUAUAACAUCUUACUCUUCUCAAUUAUCAUUACGUUACACAUGCUAUUGAAUUAUUAAUAGAUUUAUAUACAUGUACUACAGUGUAUGUAAAUUUAAAAGAUUUUUUUCAAACUA